CAGAUGCAGCCGUGGAGCGCACACAAGAGCAGCAAUCCAGCCGUGGCCGCUUCCGCAGAACAGCGCAGCUCGUUUGCAAAUUCAUGAAGAGGAUUCGUCAGGAAGAGACCAUCACCAGGGGCGCUGGGUUCAGACCAUACUCGCCCAUCUUCCAAAGCAAGACCAGUGCUGCCCUGCUGUAUAUGCUUGUAGAGGAAGGUUUUUACAAUCCAAAGCAAGUGCCUGCCAUGGUGAGGUACAUCCACCAGUGGCUCCUGGCCAAUGAUUCCGCUGAGCACAGGCUGGACAAGACCCUGCUGGAUCUCACUGAAGCACAGCGUGAUGAUGUAGUCAUGACGCUCCUGCGUGUGGCCCCGUCCUGUGACAGAGCUGCCAUGGCCAUGUGGAAGACCAUCAUGUGCUCGCCCAGGACUGCAAAGCCAGUGCAGCUGACACUCCUGGAUGUGCUGGGGAACUGGCCUGAGCACAGCACGUGCACCUCCGAUGGGGACAAAACGGGUGUCUUUGCCCUGGCUGCAACUCUGGUGAUGUGGAAGAUCCUCCAGGUGCGCUGUGUCCCACAUCUAAUGAAGUUUUAUUUCCCACACCUGUUUGUGCACCUGCUCUUCCAAGUGUUCUUCAGCACAGAAGGGAUGCCAAAGAAGGUUGAUACCUUCUGGAAGGGAUGCCAGGAAGAACACGGCCUUGCCAGCAGCCCCAACAGCUUUGCAGUGCGGACCCUGAAGUUGCUGCUCUGCCGAAAGCAGUACAAGGAUGUGGUGGUGGCAAUGGAACGCAGGGGUGCCUGGGACACGCUGCUCUGUGCUGACACCCACCACUAUGCCGUGGGUCUUCUGGCCGGGGAGAUGUCCUGCGUCUCCAUACCCUCCUGUUCCCGGGUCUUUCGCUACCUGCUCCGGCUGCUGAGCACACAGGAGCUACGCUGGGAUCUGCCUGCCCUGGCAUUCCUUGUGGAGGUCCUCGGGUGCCUGGACUUGAGGGAACGUGAUGCUGACAGAGUCCUGCAAAUCUUGUCAAGGCAUCUGCAGAGCAAGUGCAGGGAGAGGCGUCACCUGGCACUCAGGGCCCUUCUCAAGCUCACUGAUGAUCCCUCAAUGAUGCCCGAGUGCUUCGGGACAGGCCUUUGGCCUCCAGGCCCUGCAGCAGCAGGGUGGCGCUUCACAGACCUGUGUUCCGCGCAGACCGAAAAAAUGUGA